CCAUUCGUCUGUUGUUUUCCCAUUCGUCUGUUGUUUCCCCAUUCGUCUGUUCUUUCCCCAUUCGUCUGUUCUUUCCCCAUUUGGCUGUUCUGUCCCCAUUCGGCUGUUCUUUCCCCAUUCGGCUGUUCUUUCCCCAUUCAACUGUUCUUUCCCCAUUCGGCUGUUCUUUCCCCAUUCGGCUGUUCUUUCCCCAUUCGGCUGUUCUUUCCCCAUUCGGCUGUUCUUUCCCCAUUCGGCUGUUCUUUCCCCAUUCGGCUGUUCUUUCCCCAUUCGGCUGUUCUUUUCCCAUUCGGCUGUUCUUUCCCUAUUCGUCUGUUCUUUCCCUAUUCGGCCGUUCUUUCCCCAUUCGGCUGUUCUUUCCCCAUUCGGCUGUUCUUUCCCCAUUCGGCUGUUCUUUCCCCAUUCGGCUGUUCUUUCCCCAUUCGGCUGUUCUUUCCCCAUUCAUCUGUUCUUUUCCCAUUUGUCUGUUCUUUCCCCAUUCGUCUGUUCGUUCCCUAUUCGUCUGUUCUUUCCCCAUUCGUCUGUUCUUUACCCAUUCGUCUGUUCUUUUCCCAUUCGUCUGUUCUUUCCCCAUUCGUCUGUUCUUUCCCCAUUCGCCUGUUCUUUCCCCAUUCGGCUGUUCUGUCCCCAUUCGGCUGUUCUUUCCCCAUUCGGCUGUUCUUUCCCCAUUCAACUGUUCUUUCCCCAUUCGGCUGUUCUUUCCCCAUUCGGCUGUUCUUUCUCCAUUCGGCCGUUCUUUCUCCAUUCGGCCGUUCUUUCCCCAUUCGGCUGUUCUUUCCCGAUUCGGCUGUUCUUUCCCCAUUCGGCUGUUCUUUUCCCAUUCGGCUGUUCUUUCCCUAUUCGUCUGUUCUUUCCCUAUUCGUCUGUUCUUUCCCUAUUCGUCUGUUCUUUCCCCACUCGUCUGUUCUUUCCCCAUUCAUCUGUUCUUUCCGCAUUCGGCUGUUCUUUCCCCAGUCGGCUGUUCUUUCCCCAUUCGGCUGUUCUUUCCCCAUUCGGCUGUUCUUUCCCCAUUCGGCUGUUCUCUCCCCAUUCGGCUGUUCUUUCCCCAUUUGGCUGUUCUUUCCCCAUUCGGCUGUUCUUUCCCCAUUCGGCUUUCUUUCCCCAUUCGGCCGUUCUUUCCCCAUUCGGCUGUGCUUUCCCCAUUCGGCUGUUCUUUCCCCAUUCGGCUGUUCUUUUCCCAUUCGGCUGUUCUUUCCCUAUUCGUCUGUUCUUUCCCCAUUCGGCUGUUCUUGUCCCAUUCGGCUGUUCUUUCCCUAUUCGUCUGUUCUUUCCCCAUUCGUCUGUUCUUUACCCAUUCGUCUGUUCUUUUCCCAUUCGUCUGUUCUUUCCCCAUUCGUCUGUUCUUUCCCCAUUCGGCUGUUCUUUCCCCAUUCGGCUGUUCUUUCCCCAUUCGGCUGUUCUUUCCCCAUUCGGCCGUUCUUUCCCCAUUCGGCCGUUCUUUCCCCAUUCGGCUGUUCUUUCCCCUUUCAUCUGUUCUUUUCCCAUUUGUCUGUUCUUUCCCCAUUCGGCUGUUCUUUCCCUAUUUGUCUGUUCUUUCCCCAUUCGGCUGUUCUUUUCCCAUUCGGCUGUUCUUUCCCUAUUCGUCUGUUCUUUCCCCAUUCGUCUGUUCUUUACCCAUUCGUCUGUUCUUUUCCCAUUCGUCUGUUCUUUCCCCAUUCGUCUGUUCUUUCCCCAUUCGGCUGUUCUUUCCCCAUUCGGCUGUUCUUUCCCCAUUCGGCUGUUCUUUCCCCAUUCGGCCGUUCUUUCCCCAUUCGGCCGUUCUUUCCCCAUUCGGCUGUUCUUUCCCCUUUCAUCUGUUCUUUUCCCAUUUGUCUGUUCUUUCCCCAUUCGUCUGUUCUUUCCCUAUUCGUCUGUUCUUUCCCCAUUCGUCUGUUCUUUACCCAUUCGUCUGUUGUUUUCCCAUUCGUCUGUUGUUUCCCCAUUCGUCUGUUCUUUCCCCAUUCGUCUGUUCUUUCCCCAUUUGGCUGUUCUGUCCCCAUUCGGCUGUUCUUUCCCCAUUCGGCUGUUCUUUCCCCAUUCAACUGUUCUUUCCCCAUUCGGCUGUUCUUUCCCCAUUCGGCUGUUCUUUCCCCAUUCGGCUGUUCUUUCUCCAUUCGGCCGUUCUUUCUCCAUUCGGCCGUUCUUUCCCCAUUCGGCUGUUCUUUCCCCAUUCGGCUGUUCUUUCCCCAUUCGGCCGUUCUUUCCCCAUUCGGCCGUUCUUUCCCCAUUCGGCUGUUCUUUCCCCUUUCAUCUGUUCUUUUCCCAUUUGUCUGUUCUUUCCCCAUUCGUCUGUUCUUUCCCUAUUCGUCUGUUCUUUCCCCAUUCGUCUGUUCUUUACCCAUUCGUCUGUUGUUUUCCCAUUCGUCUGUUGUUUCCCCAUUCGUCUGUUCUUUCCCCAUUCGUCUGUUCUUUCCCCAUUUGGCUGUUCUGUCCCCAUUCGGCUGUUCUUUCCCCAUUCGGCUGUUCUUUCCCCAUUCAACUGUUCUUUCCCCAUUCGGCUGUUCUUUCCCCAUUCGGCUGUUCUUUCCCCAUUCGGCUGUUCUUUCCCCAUUCGGCUGUUCUUUCCCCAUUCGGCUGUUCUUUCCCCAUUCGGCUGUUCUUUCCCCAUUCGGCUGUUCUUUCCCCAUUCGGCCGUUCUUUCCCCAUUCGGCUGUUCUUUCCCCAUUCGGCUGUUCUUUCUCCAUUCGGCCGUUCUUUCUCCAUUCGGCCGUUCUUUCCCCAUUCGGCUGUUCUUUCCCGAUUCGGCUGUUCUUUCCCCAUUCGGCUGUUCUUUUCCCAUUCGGCUGUUCUUUCCCUAUUCGUCUGUUCUUUCCCUAUUCGUCUGUUCUUUCCCUAUUCGUCUGUUCUUUCCCCACUCGUCUGUUCUUUCCCCAUUCAUCUGUUCUUUCCGCAUUCGGCUGUUCUUUCCCCAGUCGGCUGUUCUUUCCCCAUUCGGCUGUUCUUUCCCCAUUCGGCUGUUCUUUCCCCAUUCGGCUGUUCUCUCCCCAUUCGGCUGUUCUUUCCCCAUUUGGCUGUUCUUUCCCCAUUCGGCUGUACUUUCCCCAUUCGGCUGUUCUUUCCCCAUUCGGCCGUUCUUUCCCCAUUCGGCUGUUCUUUCCCCAUUCGGCUGUUCUUUCCCCAUUCGGCUGUUCUUUCCCCAUUCGGCGGUUCUUUCCCCAUUCGGCUGUUCUUUUCCCAUUCGGCUGUUCUUUCUCUAUUCGUCUGUUCUUUCCCUAUUCGUCUGUUCUUUCCCCACUCGUCUGUUCUUUCCCCAUUCGGCUGUUCUUUCCCCAUUCGGCUGUUCUUUCCCCAUUCGGGUGUUCUUUCCCCAUUCGGCCGUUCUUUCCCCAUUCGGCUGUUCUUUUCCCAUUCGGCUGGACCUCUACCAAAUGGUGGCGGGGGGAUCAUUCCCGAUAACCAUGUCUAGGCUCAAGAGGCUCAAAUCGCUGAGCAUGGUUGGGAUCACCUUAUCCAGCACCAUUCCGCACUUCUUCUCCUCCCUCACUGCCUUGACGCAGCUCAAGCUUGUUGGGGCGGGCCUCCACUCAUCCCUUCCCGCGGGCUUCUCACGCCUUACCAACCUCAUGAUGCUCAUGCUAUCCAGCAACAACCUCACGGGCUCCCUCACUCCCCUCACUGGCUUGAGACGCCUGCAGCAUCUCAACGCCAUUCACAACCACUUCUCUGGCAGCAUCCCAUCGACCAUCAGCCGCCUCUCAGACCUCUCCUACAUCUGGCUCGACAACAACACCAUCACCGGCUCGCUACCAGCCUCCAUUUCCAAACUCCAAGCGCUGAUGUUUCUGAGUGUGCAGGGCAACCGGCUGACAGGGAGCCUGCCUCAAGCCACUGGGAAGCUCUCCGGCCUGCAAGGACUUGACCUCUCUCGCAAUAGCAUCUCUGGGUCCCUGCCGUCUACAAUUGGCAAACUCAGGCAGCUCGCUUACAUCCGUCUUGACGACAACAGCAUCACUGGUACCAUCCCUCUCGCCUUCUCCGCUCUCACUGCAUUAUCAUUCCUGUCGGUCCAGAGCAACAGGCUGCACGGAAACAUGCCGUCCUUUCUAGCGCCGUUGCCAGGGCUGAAGUACAUCUAUCUCGAGGACAAUCGCCUCAACGGCUCGCUGCCUGCCAACCUUGCUGACUUCUCCGCCCUUGCAGUUCUAAGCCUUUCCAACAACUUGCUUCAAGGCCCCCUUCCACCAUCCAUGGCUGAUGCUCCGCGGUUGAAAAUUUUGCUCGUAGCCCACAACAACCUCUCAGGGACUCUCCCACAGCCGUCCUUCAGAAACCCGGCAAUGUCUAUAUUCGAUGUGCAAAACAACGCCCUGUCUGGCCCGGUUCCAGAUUCUGUUUUCAGCGGCUCACCCAAUCUCUACAGCCUUCAGCUCGCUGGGAACAACUUCUCAGGGGCUGUUCCUCCGCUGCUUGCUCAGCUGCCCACCAUUGUGCUCCUGAGCGUCAGCAGCGGCAUGGAGUGCCCCUCGCUUCUCCCUGCCUGCACCACCACCAUCCGCGCUCUCCUCGCUUCCUCUGCUUCUCCUCCUGCCUUCUGCUCUGUUUGCCCCGACUUCUGCAUGCACCUAUCCGCCACCUCCUCCCAGCCCACCCCCUCCGCCUCCUCCCUCCCCGCCUCCCUCUCCCCCUGCUCCCUCCCCCCCUCCCUCCCGACCUCCUCCCUCUCCACCACAGCCGCCACCACUACCCCCUGCAGAAGCACCUCUCCCACCUCCACCUCCUCCCUCCCCGCCUCCACCUUCCCCACCUCCUUUUCCUCCCCCCUCGCCUCCUCCCCUUCCACCGCCCUUUCCCCCUCCCUCUCCGCCUCCUCCUCCUCCACCUCCUCCUCCCCGCCCUCCUCCACGCCCCUCCCUCAUCUCCCGCCGCUCCCCUGCACCCCCUCCUCCGUCUCCUCCAUCCCUUCCCCCUCCAUCCCCACCACCACCAUCCCCACCACCACCAUCCCCACCACCACGAUCCCCACCACCACCAUCCCACCACCACCAUCCCCACCAUUACCAUCACCAUCAUCACCACCAGCACCAGCACCAGCACCAGCAGCAGUAGGCCACUAGCAGCAGCGCAAAUAGCAGCACCACCAGCAGCAGCGCAAAUAGCAGCACCAGCAGCAGCAGCAACACCAGCAGGGGCACUAGCAGUAGGACCAACACCAGCAGCAGCGUCACUGCUAGGAGCGCCGGCAACACCGGCAACACCACCAUCAUCAUCACCAUCACUGGCACCACCACCAGCAACACCAGUACCAUCGGCCCCCUGAGGUUAAUAAGAGCAGCGUCACAUGUGGCGGCAGCACCACCAUCACCACCACCGUCAGCCUUAUUAGCGCCAGCGUUUGACCGUCCGACUGACCCCUUUUCACAACCCAUUCCACUCACGCAUUACACCCAUGAAUCCCCCUCACCCCCCAUUGAUUCCACUCACUCCUACCAACACCCAUUAAUCCCACCCACUAUUUAAUUUCUCGCACUUAUCCAGCGCCUGUUACUGACCCCAUUAGAAGACACUAUGUCUAGGGCCUCAGAAGUCAGGCCAAAAAGGCCUGAAAGCUUGUAUAUCUGGGUUUUUUUUUGGCAUACCCUGAUUUUUCAGGUUUUGAUUUUUAUCAAACCUGAAAAUUGUGUGUUCCAUUUUCUAAGGCCUGAAAAAUGGUAUGCUGUUGUUUUAGCGAGCCUGAAAAAUCAGCCAUACA